AUGUGUCCCCUAACCCGCAAUGAGUUAGAACUGAUUUUUGAGAAGCUAGAUUCAAAUAGUGAUGGAUUUGUAACCCUUGAGGAGCUGAACCAGUUACUAAAGAGAACAGGUUUCAAGUUUAGCAUAGAGGAGCUUGAGUCUCUAGUGGGAGUGAAGAGUCUAGACAUGAGUGAGUUCAUGUUAUUUUAUGACUCCAUAAAUGGGGAGAGGAAAGAUGGUGAUGAGAUUGAGGAGGUGGAGAGUGAUCUUUUGAAGGCUUUCAAGGUGUUUGAUUUGGAUGGAGAUGGAUUCAUCACUAGUAUAGAAUUGGAAUGUGUGUUGAAGAGGCUUGACAUGUGGGGUGAAGAAAAGGAUUGUAGAUUGAUGAUUCACUCAUAUGAUACUAAUUUAGAUGGCAAGCUUGAUUUCAAGGAAUUUAAGAACAUGAUGUUGCUUACACUAAAACGUAUUUAG